ACAUCACCAAUUCCUCCCCCUUUCCCAAGCGGAAUAUACAGCCUAGAAGGGAUUCACUAUCAUCGGUUUUCAACGCUCGAUGCGACAAUGCUUCUUGGUCCGUAGGCUUCUCCUGCUCUUCGAGCGAACAUCCUCCACGACCUCACCGUUCCGGCUAUCGAGGUACCCGCCGCCCGUCCACUCACUACCGCCGCAGAGGUUUUUCUCAGGGUCCGCUAGGGCUUGCUUCGAGAGGAUUUCGCCAGAGUUGGAGAAAAGGAUUAACGAUGUUCCGCUAGAGAGGUUUAGGAAUUUUUGUAUCGUGGCGCAUGUGGUGGGUUUUCUAUUCAUAGUGAGUGACAGACUUCUGGAGCUCACAGGGACCAUUGCUCCUGGGGGGAACAAACAGAUUUUGGACAAGCUUGAUGUAGAACGGGAACGGGGGAUUACUGUUAAAGCGCAGACAUGUAGUAUGAUUUAUAAAUACAAGGGAGAAGAUUAUCUCCUCCAUCUUGUGGAUACCCCCGGGCAUGUCGAUUUCCGAGCAGAAGUAUCUCGAAGCUACGCUUCAUGUGGAGGAGCGAUUCUCCUGGUCGACGCAUCACAGGGCGUUCAAGCACAGACGGUGGCCAAUUUCUACCUCGCCUUUGCUCAGGGUCUACAUCUCAUCCCCGUAAUCAACAAGAUCGACCUGUCAACGGCAGAUCCGGAGAGGGCGCUCGAGCAGAUGAAAUCCAGUUUCGAGCUCGAUCCCAAAGGUGCAGUCCUAGUUUCUGCUAAAACAGGCCUUAAUGUUGAGUCGAUAUUGCCGGCUGUUGUCGACCAAGUGCCGGCUCCCGUAGGCUCCCAUGAAGCUCCAUUAAAGAUUCUCCUAGUAGACUCCUGGUAUGACAUGUACAAAGGUGUGAUCCUGUUAGUCCGGGUCUUCGAGGGCACGCUCCGGCCCGGAGAUACCAUCGUCUCCUUCGCUACAGAGAAGAAAUACAUUGUUGGAGAACUAGGCAUCAUGCACCCCCUCGAGAAAGCCACUUCCUCCUUACGUGCAGGUCAGGUCGGAUACGUUUACUUCAACCCAGGGAUGAAGAAGAGCUCCGAAGCAAAGGUCGGGGACACAUUUACGCAUGUCGGUAUGGGGAACGUUGUCCAGCCGUACCCAGGAUUUGAGGAACCGAAACCUAUGGUUUUCGUCGGAGCCUUUCCUGUGGAUCAGUCGGAGUUUAAUCAACUGGACGAUAGUAUCAAUCAGCUAGUUAUUAACGAUAGAAGUGUUACGCUCCAUAAAGAGUCUUCGGAAGCUCUUGGGCAGGGGUGGAGGUUGGGUUUUCUGGGUACGUUGCAUUGCUCGGUAUUCGAAGACCGCCUGAGGCAGGAGCAUGAUACCUCAAUCAUCAUUACCGCUCCAACGGUGCCAUACAUGAUCAAAUACAAGAAUGGCUCUGAAGUCAUCGUCCGAAAUCCGCACGAAUUUCCAAAUCCCGACGUGGAGUACAACAGGAUCGAAGCCUUCUACGAGCCAUUAGUUCUUGCCACCAUCACCGUCCCAGAUGAAUACCUUGGGAAAGUUAUCGAGCUCUGCGAGUCAAACCGCGGCACGCAAGUCUCCAUCGAAUUCUGGACAGCCAGCCAAGUCAUCUUAAAGUACAGAAUCCCACUCGCUCAGCUAGUCACCGACUUUUUCGGAAAACUCAAGGGCAUAACGAAAGGCUACGCGUCACUAGACUACGAAGACGCUGGGUAUGAGAGGAGUGAUGUUGUGAAGCUACAGUUACUUGUGAACAAAGAACCCGUGGAUGCUAUCUCCCAGGUCCUGCACAGAAGCCAAUGUCAGAGGAUUGGUAAACAGUGGGUUUCGAAAUUCAAAGAGUAUGUGGAUCGGCAGCUUUUUGAGGUGGUCAUCCAAGCCGCAGUGGGGAAGAUGAUUGUUGCGAGGGAGACGGUCAAGCCUGUUAGGAAGGAUGUUACCGCAAAGCUCUAUGGUGGUGACAGGACCCGGAGAAUGAAGCUCCUGGAGAAACAGAAGGAAGGAAGAAAGAAGCUGAAAGGCGAGUCCUCACAUUCAUAG